AAACCCGACAUGGCAGACAUCACGCCGAGCAGGCAGGAGAAGUCACUGGGAUUAUUAACGUCUAAAUUCGUAUCUCUGCUACAAGAAGCUGAAGAUGGAGUCCUGGAUAUCAAGUCUGCAGCAGACCAGCUUGCAGUGCGACAGAAGAGAAGAAUAUAUGAUAUUACGAAUGUGCUUGAGGGAAUUGGACUGAUUGAAAAGAAAAGCAAAAACUCAAUAGUAUGGAAAGGGGGAGGGCCAGGAUCCAACACUCAGGAGUUCACAGAUCGAGCAACAAUGCUGAAAGGAGAAAUCUCAGAGUUAGAUCAACAUGAAAAGAUGCUUGAUCAGCAUAGACAGUAUGUUCAGCAAAGCAUAAAGAAUAUCACAGAGGAUCUGAGCAACUACAAGAUGGCCUAUGUAAAUCAUGAAGACAUCUGUAACUGCUUCCAAGGAGACACUCUUCUGGCCAUCCAGGCACCCUCAGGGACACAGCUUGAAGUUCCUAUUCCCCAAAUGGUUAAUGGUGAAAAAAAAUAUCAAAUUCACCUCAAGUCAGAAAGUGGCCCUAUCUAUGUCUUGCUAGUCAACCAAGAGCAGGAGCACACUCCACCUCUGGUUGUGCAGGUUCCUCCUCCUACUGGUGUAAUGAAACAAGAGAUUGAACCACGGGGCAUAAAAAGAUCCUCCUCCCCCCCCUGUAGCCAGGCACCUUUCACCCGCCCACGUUCCACUCCGCAGAAAGGCACAACUGCACAUACUCCACCCACACGAAGUCCCUCUCAUCCAGAGGGUGUAGAUAGUGUAGAAACUGCUUCUGUAUCACGCCGAGUGCCACGCAAAGCAUCAGCUGGAGUUAGUAGUGUGACAGAAGCCUUAGCACCCAGAAGAGCGCGUAAAAGACAGGAACAGGCAGCAGCUGCAGCAGCUGCAGCUCUUUCAUCAACUCAGCCAACUGAAGUUGUAAAACAUGAGAAGGUUGAGGAUAUGCUCCCUAUGCCUGUAGCAAAUAUAAAACAAGAACUUCGAGAGGAUAGCUUUGCGAACACAAAUAUUUCCCACACAACCGACACAAUGCUGUCAACAAUGGGAGAAGGCCUUGUAGAAGAAUUAAUAUCCACAGAAAUGUUUGCUCCGCUCCUGCGGUUAAGUCCACCUCCAUCUGAAAGAGACUACAUGUUCAACUUGGAUGAAACUGAGGGUGUGUGCGACUUCUUUGAUGUUCCGGUGUUAAGUUCUCUUGAAAGCGAUUUGCAAUGAAGUCUGUGAUGGAACUGGCAAAGUUGGUGGGCACAGCAGUGGAUGAUUGCAUUUUGAAAGCAUCCCUUGAGUACGUUUAGGCAUGUAAUGCUAAAAGGUUACCAAGGGCAUUGAGAUGAUGUAAUGUUAUGUUGUAAUAUAUAAUUGUUGGAGUAAUAUUCUAUUUAUUGAUGACUGUUAACAGUAUUUAGAUGAAUGAAAAAGAGGAUAGAUAAGUUAUAUAAACCAUUCAUGAAAUUGGUUGCUGAUGUUGAAAGUGGCACAUGGUUCUUUUGUCAAGUCCUUUUCCAUCUUUGUGUUACUUCAGAAUAAAUUUGAGAAAGUCAGAAGUGGUAAGGGACAAGAAAAUAUUAAACACAAAUGAUUCUGCUUUCAUGGAAGGGCAGUUAAUCCAGGACUUGAUGUGACUCGGGCCAGUGACCCUCAGAUGAUUCCAAGGGAAGCUGUGUGAGCACUGAAGGAUACCCUUUGUCCUCAGUUAGAGCUGAUGUUCUGAUAUGUCCUUGCAGAUCUUUUGUGCUAACCUAUGUAUGGUUAGAUCUGAAAGGAAAGGAGCUAAAGCAGCAAAGUGAUAGUUUUAUGUCCCCUUAUUUUUAUAAAUUCUAGUGGGAGUAACUAUAGAAUUGUCAAGCAGGUCUUGGAAGUUUUAAACUGCUGGCAUGCAGUCCUUGUGUACUUGUAAUAUUUUUUCACCCUUUACCAUAUAUUUAUUUUAUUUUAUUAUUUUUGAUUAUUUUUUUAAUUAGUUUUCCCCUAGAGGAGAAAGUUUGGUCAAAGAAAAUUUUGUUCUGAAUGUUCAUGCAGUUUUCAGCAAGUUAUCAUCAUACAAGGGUUAAGUACUUCUAGCAUUGAUAUAAAUUUUAUUAUUUGACAACCUGCAGUAUUUGUUUCAAAGCAAAACAAAAAGUUUAAGCAUAGAUUAUCUAUGUAAAAUCCUCUUUAUUUAAAACAUUGUGUGCAUAAAGAUAUGUACAUAUAUGCUUCAAAAAUUAUU